UUCCUGAACAAAAAGGAUGCUCGAUUGAUGGGGAACAUGCACAAACAUGUCAAAUCUUAUUGGGGGGAAGAUACGCUCAAUACUGCUGAUGACGCCAAAGAUGCAGAUGAAGUGCAAACAAAAAUUGUCAGAAGUAUUCUAAAAAAUGGGUCAAUCAUGGCAUCCUUUGAA